ACGUGUGCUUCAUUUCGUCAACAAAAAAUUUGCAACUGGAAAUACAGUUAGAUUACGUUAUUUAGAUGAUCUUCUCUAGCAAGUUCAUACUAGUAGUUGUCGAACGUUUAGCUCAGGAAUGAAAAAUUUAGAUAUCAACAUGCUUUUAAUUUUUACAAUUUUAAUAAUACUAAUGUCUUGUAGUACAAAUUGCGCGAACAAGAACUUGAAGAAGCCAAGCCUAUAUAAUCUGACAGCUUUCGACAGUAAAGGCCAGAAAAUAUUUUUGGAGCAAUUUCGUGGAAAGGUAACACUAGUAGUAAAUGUGGCUACAUAUUGUGGAUUCACUAGAGAUCACUAUCCAGCACUUGUUAAACUUCAAGACAUACUUGGAAGUAAAAAGUUUUCCGUCCUAGCUUUUCCUUGCAACCAGUUUGGAGAACAAGAGCCUGAUUCAAAUGAAGAAAUUGAAGAAUUUGUGAAGCAAAUGUAUAAAGUCAAUUUUCCUUUGUUUAGCAAGAUUGAUGUUGUUGGGAAAUAUGCGCAUUCUGUGUACAAAAAUCUUAAAGCUCAGUUUGGUAAAGAACCAACAUGGAACUUUUGGAAGUACUUAGUAGACCAUCACGGAUAUGUGAUUAAUGCCUGGGGACCAGGAGUUGCUGUUGAAGAUAUUUUUGAUGAUGUAAAAGCUGCUGUUGAAAAAGCUGAACAGUCUACUGAUCCCAAGAAAAAGGGAAAUGUUGAACUUUAGUUUAAAUUUAUAAGAGCCUAGUUGUUUUCUAUACAUUGUAUCAGUGUUGUUUAUUUUCAACUUCUUGCAAAUAUAUUUCUACUUAAAUCAAGUGAGAGACAGUAUAGUAUAUUAAUGUAUAUAUGACAAAUCAAGUACCUUACAAAAACACUUGCUUUAAACUAAUGAAGUUCAAAAAGAAUAUUUGAAAUGUAUAGACAUUUCAGUUUUUAAAUAAUAUGGAAAAAAAAUUAUCUUCUGAAGACAUUAAAUAACAAACCAAAUAACAAAUUGAAUGUUUCGAUGCAUGAAGUUUUAGCUUUUUUAUGUGCUCUGUUUGAAUUGUACUCUGUGAAGAAGUUAUUUAGCUCAAUCUCGGUGCAUGAGUGAAAUUAGUAUGCAUCAAACUUCUGUCUGUUUAAUGUGAAAUAAAAACACUUCUGUGGAUCUUUGUAAUCAUAUAUAUAUGUAUAAUUGAAAAAUCUCCACCUUAACAUACCAAUUUGUAGCUAUCAGAAUAUUAUCUAGAUGUAAUCUUUUAAUUUAAGUCAAAAUGGACACUUGUUUUGUACUUGGUUAUUUUUAAUAUAAGCUUGAUUAAAACAGCUUCAUUUUAAAACAUUCAAGGUAGCCAUUGAAGCUUUGUUCUGUAUUUAUUUAGUACAGCUGUAGAAGCUAUAAUUGAGGGAAUAGAAACAUAUCCAAUGUCUAUAAUUUUUUUUUACUGUUCUUAAUACACUAUAUGUUUACAUUUUUAAUAGUCAGAUAUAUGAUUAUAAUAUAUUGCAUCCAUCUGAAACAACUCUUCCUUUAUUUUUUAAUCUUAAGCAUCAUACUCUGUUAUACAAAUUGUAUUAUAUAGACAAUUUGUAAAUUAACAAAUUUUGGGAUUAGUUUAUGAAAAUGUUUGUUUCUAAGACAUCAGUUUUAAUUUUUUAUUUUAAUUUCUUGAUUUAAAUUUCAAUAGCUUCCCUGUAAUAUUACAGCUGGUGAUGUUUACAUUAAACUGCAUUUCUAAGCAAAACUUUAUUUCCUCUUUUUAUUUUUUUAGCUUUUACUAAAGGUACUGAACAUGCAAAGAUAGGGAUUACCUUUUCUAUCUUUGUAAUAUAUUUCUAUUUACAACUAGCAGAAUACCUGGUGUUGCUCAGAUGAAAAUGGUUUUAAAUAUCCUGAGUUGUUUUGAUUAAAUCAACUAUAUUAAUCAUGAUGUUUUGCUAAAAAAUGAAAAUGAUUUCUUUCCUGACUAAAUAUUUUGAUUAAAAUCAAUAAAAAUAACAAUGUGUGAAAAAAAUAAUAAUUUGCUGAAGCCAUUUUAUUUAAAGCAAAACCAUGUACAUUGCUCCUGUUUCUUGCAUGCACUUUGCAUGAUAUUACAAGUUUCAAAAACAAAAUUCCCUUCCUUUUGGUGUCCUGUUUUCUACUGUGUGGCCAAGUGUUGUUUACAAUAUUUUUCUGACUUUAUUAUCAUUACAUUUAAUUAAGAAUUGAUUUAUUCUCUCCUCAUUGCAACACUAUGUAAAUUUUCGAUGCUAAUUGUUUUUGUAAAAUCAUUGUAUAGCUGAUUCUUGUGAGUACAUGCAAGCAAAGCAAAGGAUAUGGCUGGAGCAAGCCUAUUUAAUUGAGGGAAUGUGCGUACAUGUUUGAGAGAAAACAUCAGCUUGUUUCAGUUAAGAGGAGCUAGAGAGUAGGCAUGUAUGUGUAGAAGAAAUGGAGAGGGAGGGAAAGAGCAUGAAGGCUCCUUGAAGUUUUUAAAUCAUUUUAACAAAUAAUUGAUCAUUGAUAGAAUGAUUAGUAGUCCUCACACAGAGAAGAAAUGUAAAUAAUAGCCCUCUUGAUCAAAUACCAAAACGAAUCUGGCCUUUUUUGAUUUGAGACCAACUGGGGAUUCUGUUUUUCAAAAAUUGCUCUAUUGGUGACUUUGGCCUCAAAUCAGUCUCUGGGGCCACAGCCACAUAGCCCAUGUUACUUCCUGCACAAAGUUGUAUCUGUACUCCGACUUCAGAGUUUGUAGCUUUAAAGCUGUAUCCAUGCAUAAGGAACAGACAUUCACGCAUAUAUAUAAAUGUAUGUAUUUUGUCCACCA